AUGCCCCCCAAGUCUUUCCCCAACGCGUCCAAGUCUCUGGGCGCCAAUCUCAGCGCCCCAGGUGCGGGGCCUGGGGCCAAGGACUUUUGGCACUCCCCCGACGGGGCUCCUGCCCAGCUGGUGGUCCGCUGCCUCAUCCCUUCCCUCUACCUGGGCAUCAUCGCCGUGGGUCUCCUGGGCAACGUCCUACUGGUGAAGAUCUUCAUCACCACCCGCGCCUUGCGGAGCGUCCCCAAUAUCUUCAUCUCCAACCUGGCCGCGGGGGACGUGCUGCUGCUGCUCACCUGCGUGCCGGUGGACGCCUCGCGCUACUUCUUCGACGAGUGGGUGUUCGGGACCCUGGGCUGCAAACUCAUCCCCGUCAUCCAGCUCACAUCCGUGGGGGUGUCGGUGUUCACCCUCACCGCGCUCAGCGCCGACAGAUACAGAGCCAUUGUAAACCCUAUGGACAUCCAGACAUCUGGAGCAGUGCUGUGGACCUGUGUGAAAGCAGUGGGUAUCUGGGUAGUCUCGGUGCUGUUAGCAGUUCCCGAAGCUGUGUUUUCAGAAGUAGCUCGCAUUGGUAGUUCGGAAAAUGGCAGCUUCACAGCCUGUAUACCCUACCCGCAGACGGAUGAAUUACAUCCAAAGAUUCAUUCAGUGCUCAUCUUUUUGGUUUAUUUCCUCAUUCCACUUACUAUCAUUAGCAUUUACUAUUAUCAUAUAGCAAAGACCUUAAUUAAAAGUGCGCAUAAUCUUCCUGGAGAAUAUAACGAGCAUACAAAGAAACAGAUGGAAACACGGAAACGCUUGGCUAAGAUUGUGCUGGUCUUUGUAGGUUGCUUUGUCUUCUGUUGGUUUCCAAAUCACAUCCUCUAUAUGUACAGGUCUUUCAACUAUAAUGAGAUCGAUCCAUCGCUAAGCCAUAUGAUUGUCACCUUAGUUGCCAGGGUUCUGAGUUUUUGCAAUUCAUGUGUCAAUCCUUUUGCUCUUUAUCUAUUCAGUGAAAGCUUUAGGAGGCAUUUCAAUAGCCAACUAUUUUGUGGAAGGAAAUCAUUUCAAGAAAGAUCAACUAGCUACUUGCUCAGCACCUCUGCUGUUCGAAUGACAUCUCUGAAAAGCAAUACUAAGAAUGUGGUGACCAAUUCUGUUUCAUUAAAUGGCCACAGCAUGAAGCAGGAAAUGGCGCUGUGAUUUUGACCAUUCAACAAAAUACCUGGAAAGAACUUAUUUUUUAUAUCUAUUGAGCAGAACAAAAUUCAACUGUUUUCUCAUUCUGAUUACUGUUGUUCAACUAUUUAAUUCAUGAGAUGAU